AUGAAAACAAAAAGUAAAGAAAUUAAACAAAUUGAACCUUACAAAACACUUAAAGAAAAAUCAGAAUUUAUAAAAUUAUUAAAAGAACUAGAAGAAUUAAAAGAGAAUUUAAAACAAACUUCAUUCAAAUUACAGAAAGAAAAAGUAAAAGAGAAAUAUCUAAUUAAAGAAUUGAAAGAAACUAAAGAACAGAAUAAAGCUUUAGAAGAACAACUAAAAAAAUUGUCACUUCCAGAUUUAACAAGUUUAAUUAGAAUAUUACAAUUUCAAAGAAAUUCACUAACAGAAGAA